CGCGGGGCGCGUUCCGUCCCGCCCUUCGCCCUCCCCCCACCCCCUCCCCCGGUCCCUCCUCCGUUCCCCCCAUUCCCGUUUCCGUUCCUGUUCCCGUCCGCCCAUGUGGUGCCUCAGCACCGGCAACGCCUCGGGUGUACACAGAUCCUGGACCUUUUUUUUAAUUGAAUAAUCUGUAUCCUGCUGACCAAGAAACCAAUUUUGAGUUCUCCUUUUUUGUUGUGGUGGUUUUUUUAUCCUUCCCCAUUGGAAGAGCUCAGUAGUGGCUCCCUGUUCACUUCAAUGUCAGUUUGCUGCUAAUGGGUGUAAGUAAAUUAGAUGUCUUAUACAGAAAGCUCCUCCUCACUAAACUUUUCAUCAGAGGAUGGGGAAAGCCAGAGGAUUUGAAAAGAUGUCUUGAAAGUAAGAAAAAAAUAAUAUUUGAAUUCAGAAAGAUUAUUGGAAACAGGGAAACAUGCCAGACUCUGGUUUCAAAAGAUUAUCCAGUGUUUAUUGACAAGGUUGAGGGGCAAUCUGACUGUAAAAUCCUUGAGGGGCACUUCAUUUCCCCCUUGGCACAUUGUGUCCCAGGUAUCCUGCCAGUCGAAUCUCUUGUAGCAAGAUUUCAGUUCAUCAUACCCAGAAGAUGGAACAGCAAGCACAGACCUGUGUGCAUUCAUUUAGCGGGCACUGGAGAUCAUCACUUCUGGAGGAGACGGACACUAAUGGCAAGGCCAAUGAUUAAAGAAGCCUGUAUGGCUUCCCUGUUGCUAGAAAACCCUUAUUAUGGCUGUAGAAAACCUAAGGAUCAAAUACGGUCAUGUUUAAAAAAUGUCUCGGACCUGUUUGUGAUGGGAGGAGCUCUAAUUCUAGAAUCGGCAGCUCUUUUGCACUGGCUAGAGAGAGAAGGCUAUGGACCGCUAGGGAUGACUGGAAUAUCCAUGGGAGGACAUAUGGCUUCACUGGCAGUGACAAACUGGCCUAAACCAUUGCCAUUGAUUCCGUGUCUUUCCUGGUCAACAGCUUCUGCAGUCUUUACUACGGGUGUGUUGAGCAAGGCAGUGAACUGGAGAGAGCUCGAGAAACAGUAUUUUACAGAAACUGUUUAUGAAGAAGAAAUAAUUCAAAUGCUUGAAUACUGUGGAACAGAUUCUUUCAAGAUGGGACAAGAUUUUGUUAAAAACUUCCCUGACAGUGUGCACAGUCUGGAGGAUAUGGAUGUUACCUCCAGGAUAUUCAACCUUGAGCCCAUGAGCACUACUGUAUCUAAAGAAGCUGUUCACAGCUUUGCCACAAAUAAAAGUACUCUAAGUGCCUCUUCAGAAAGACUCUUAAUACAAGAUGCUCCUAAAAUGCAGUGCAUAAAUCAAACAUUUUCGACCAGUAGCAGUAGCAAUAAAAACUUAACCAGCCCACAAGGACGCAGGAUAAAUACAAGAAGAAAGAGUGACACUUUACAGAGAGAAUCCAUAAGGUUCAUGAAAGGAGUAAUGGAUGAAUGUACCCAUGUAGCUAACUUCUCAGUUCCAGUUGACCCAAGUUUAAUCAUAGUUGUACAAGCCAAGGAGGAUGCAUACAUCCCUCGUACUGGGGUGCGCAGUCUUCAAGAAAUCUGGCCGGGGUGUGAAAUUAGGUAUCUGGAUGGAGGUCAUGUCAGUGCCUACCUCUUCAAACAAGGACUCUUUAGACAAGCAAUUUACGAUGCAUUUGACCGGUUUCUUCAGAAAUAUGCUGUUUGAAAAAUCUUCAUAAUGCAUUCAAACUGAUCUCAUUUGUAAUUCAGUGUACUGGAACUCGUAUUUGGAAAAUAAGCUGUUUGCAACAUUGAAUAGCCACUGACUUUGGCUGUUGUAGGUAACAAUAACCAGAAAUGGUGAAGUACCAGCGUUACUUUCAUUUCAACCCAGUGCCAUUCUGACACAGCUGCUUCAGCAUCACCUGUGAAAAAUCAAUGGCAGCGUUUGUCAGCGUUCAUGUACUUUGUGUCUAAUCAGGUUGUGUAUUCCUUGAACUCUGAAUCAAUUCUGAAUUGUGUGUCAGUGGAAAAUAGACCAAUCCAAGUUUUGAAGGAAUGUAAAAUGUGCUGUACAGCUAAGCUGCUCUCUUGUGUUUACUGUGUUUCUGGUUUGUUCCAUAUGCCUUGGUUUCCUCUUGCUUCCUUGUGCCCUUGCUACUCCCAUUGUAUUGUACUACAGCUUUGCCAGUGCUCAGCCUCGUGUGUUUGUCACUGGUUUUCUCUUCAAUUAUGAAUUGAAAAUGAGCUGUAAUAGGAGGGGCAGCAUCUAAUCUUGCAAAAAGAGACUGUGACAAUUCGAUGAAAAGUGAGAGAGAGAUGUUUUCAUUCAAUACAUCCUUGAAGUUUUUCUGCCACUGAAAUAACCGUGCCGUUCCAGAAGGAUCAUGUAGCAAUUCAUCAAUCAGGUUCACAAAACUGGAAUAAGUGAAAAUCAAGUGUCUGGUUAUUAAUUCUUUACAUUAAUUCAGUUGGAUAACAAAAAUGUCUAGAUUUUUUUUUAAAGAAUGGUAGAAGAGAUAGAGAUUUCAUCAUUUACAGUGGCUGCUUUUAGGCAGUUAAAUCAAUAGCAGAUUAUAUGGUGCUAUGAAGACCUGCUGGAAAUAUUUCAACAGAAGUCCUUCUUAAAGUACACUCAGUGCUGAUAUGCAAAAUACACUUUCAUUGUAUAAUUUUAAAAAUACGUGAGACUAAAUGUUUUUAAAACAGUUAGGUUUGCUCCUUAUUUUUCAUCACUUGGUUUUUUUUAAAUCAAUGGAAAAUAAAGAAAUUCGGAUCUUGAACACACUUAAGAAUAAAGCCUCUUUUGGGAUCAAAAAUGCCAACAAAAUACACUAUCGUAUAAGGUUGUCAUGUAGUGACCGUAUGUGGUAUCUCUCCAUGUCUUUUUUUGUGGUAAUCUCCUGCAACAUUCUCUUAAAGCCAAUUCACAGAGAGGUUGAAAACUGGAACACUUCAAUAUUAAUUUUAGUACAGUCAUGACCAGGGUUACACUGAAACAAAUUGAAAAACCCGACCAUUUCUCAGGAUGUUCAACUUCUGCACCUUUCCAAUCAAGCACUUUUGAUCUCCAUGGUUAGUGUGAAGAUUUUUAGUAGGCAGAGUAUGGAGCAAACAAAGCUCGGUUUAUGUAUUUUCUUGAAUUUUACUCUGACAGGACUAAUAACUGUGAAGAAGUCAUGGUUCACUUGAAAAUCAGGUAUGUUUAGGUAAAACUGAAGAGCAACAAUUCAUAAUAACCCAAAUUAUUUAAGAUACAAAUUUGCUGAAAAUGCAAAAGAAGUUCUGCUCUUUUGGAAGUGAAAUUGCUUCUCUCAAGGGGUUUUUCAUAAUUUCUUUGGACAGCAUUGGCUUUGUAUAUAUUAGGAGCAAGCGUGAAGUGACUAACGUUUAAAUACAGUAAACACCAAAUAUUGGAGGGUUUGAAUUCAAAUAUAAGUUUACAAAUUUAAAAUUGACAGCUUGAAUACUGUACUAAGAGAUUUACAAGGUUUACAGUUUACAGGCUCAUUCAUCAACUAAGAGUGCUUUACAAGACUACUCUGCUGUUCAGCAACUUUUGUAGCUCUCACAUUUUAAAUGUAAUUGUGUGCUUUUUGUCCUGUUUCUGUUGCAGCUAUGAGAAAGGGAGAUAUGUGGUGGCAAGGGAAAGGGCUUGAAUAAAUGCAAGAGAGAAAAGACAGAUUUUGUAAAGGCCAGGAGUAAGCACAAAAAAAAAUCAACUACGCUACAAAGUAUAACAUGGCAAAGUAAAUAUUUUCAAAGCG